AAACAUCGUUCACACGAUCGACGGAUAUCUGUCCCAGCUACCUUUCAUUGUCCGAUCAAAUUUCUCACGAAUUCGUUUUCUUUUAUCAAUAUUGGAAGAAUACUUCAAUUUGUGGUAUUACCUGAGAUACCUAUCUUUUAAUAACACUAAUUACUACUAUGGACGUUGACAUAAAACUCUCUAGAAGCAACAAUGAAUCAUGGGGCUUUCGAUUAUCUGGAGGGGCUGACUUCAGUUUCCCAUUGACCGUUGUCAGGGUGCUUCUCGGGGGAUUGGCCGAUCGAGCUGGUUUAAAAGCUGGUGAUAUAAUCUUUAAAGUAAAUGGGGAAACUAUACAACAUUUGAGGCACUGCGAAGUUCAUGAUCGCCUUAUCAAAGCCGGAAAUGAAAUCAUGUUGACCGUCAUACGAAAUCUAAAAUUCGAACGAUCCGUUUAACGAAAAUGUUUAUCGACACGCGUCUCACUGCGAGAUAUCGAGCAAUCAUUGCGAUUAUAUUGAUCGAUUAUAUCGAAACGAUUAUAUUGAAUUUUAA